GUCAGAAGCGCUUUCAAAGUUAUACUCAUUAGGUUCUUGGGCACCUGAAACUGCAAACUACUGCAUUACAAUUAAAUGAGAAUUAGCAGAAUGUUAAAGUUUUUUUUUUUAAUUGCAUAACAAACCGAGGCAUCCUACGCCAUCUCUCUGAAAUGAAAUUCAGAUGUACACAUCUUUGCGCUCCAGGAAGCUGAGCUCUUGCAGCAGCACCUCUUCCCAAUAGGGGGUGGCAGCAUCUCAGUAACUCACUCCCCGAGACGUGUACGUGGGAGGAGAGAUUCGCGUUCAAAAUCUUUUUGACUCUAUCCGCUCCCCGUAGCGCCUUAGCCCGCUCGAGUUUCAAUGCGCGUUGUUGCUUAACGAAGCUGAGUCCUACACUCCGCCCGCUGCUUUCCCGGUCAUGGCUUCUCCGAGUUCCUUCACCUACUAUUGCCCUCCAUCUUCCUCCCCUGUCUGGUCAGAGCCGCUGUACAGUCUGAGGCCGGAGCACGCGCGGGAGCGGUUGCAGGACGACUCGGUGGAAACAGUCACGUCCAUAGAACAGGCAAAAGUAGAAGAAAAGAUCCAAGAGGUCUUCAGUUCUUACAAGUUCAACCACCUUGUACCAAGGCUUGUUUUACAGAGAGAGAAGCACUUCCAUUAUCUGAAAAGGGGCCUUCGACAACUGACAGACGCCUAUGAGUGUCUGGAUGCCAGCCGCCCCUGGCUCUGCUACUGGAUCCUGCACAGCUUGGAGCUGCUGGAUGAGCCCAUCCCCCAGAUAGUGGCCACAGAUGUGUGUCAGUUCCUGGAGCUGUGUCAAAGCCCAGAAGGUGGCUUUGGAGGGGGCCCUGGUCAGUACCCACACCUGGCCCCCACGUACGCAGCAGUCAAUGCGCUGUGCAUCAUUGGCACCGAGGAGGCCUACGAUGUCAUUAACAGAGAGAAGCUCCUUCAGUAUUUGUACUCGCUGAAGCAACCUGAUGGCUCUUUUCUCAUGCAUGUUGGAGGUGAGGUGGACGUGAGAAGCGCAUACUGUGCCACCUCAGUCGCCUCUCUGACCAACAUCAUCACUCCGGACCUCUUUGAGGGCACUGCGGAAUGGAUAGCAAGGUGUCAGAACUGGGAAGGUGGCAUUGGCGGGGUGCCAGGGAUGGAAGCGCAUGGUGGCUAUACUUUCUGUGGCCUCGCCGCGCUGGUAAUCCUUAAGAAGGAACGUUCCUUGAACUUGAAGAGCUUGUUACAAUGGGUGACAAGCCGGCAGAUGCGAUUUGAAGGAGGAUUUCAGGGCCGCUGCAACAAGCUGGUGGACGGCUGCUACUCCUUCUGGCAGGCGGGGCUCCUGCCGCUGCUCCACCGUGCACUGCACGCCCAAGGUGAUCCUGCCCUCAGCAUGAGCCACUGGAUGUUUCACCAGCAGGCGCUGCAGGAGUACAUCCUGAUGUGCUGCCAGUGCCCUGCCGGGGGGCUUCUGGACAAGCCCGGCAAGUCGCGCGACUUCUACCACACCUGCUACUGCCUGAGCGGUUUGUCCAUAGCCCAGCACUUCGGGAGCGGAGCCAUGCUGCACGACAUGGUCCUGGGGGUGCCUGAAAACGCUCUGCAGCCCACUCACCCCGUGUACAACAUUGGACCAGACAAAGUGAUCCAGGCCACCACGUACUUUCUGCAGAAGCCAGUCCCAGGCUUCGAGGAGCCUGAGGAUGAGGCAGUAGCAGAGCCUGCAAUGGACUAGAGGACCUGGGUCCCCAUGGCUCUGUGCUCACCCAUCUCCCCAGUCAGACAAGGUUUAUACGUUUCGAUACAUUCUGUGUUACACAAGCCUUAGCCACUAUGGAGCUGUGGUUCUCUUUGUUCUUUCUUGUACAACAAAACAAAACCAAUGGCUCUAGGUUUGGAGAACACAGUGGUGUGGUUUUUAAAAUUCUUUCCACUUGUUAAACCAAAAAUCUAUCAGCCCGUGUGGCUGGGGAGCCGUGCAUGCUGGGAGGAAGCAGCCCCUCCCUGCCAGCGUCCAGUCUGGACAGGCCGGUUGCGAUGAAUGGUGUCUGAGCAUCACAGCACCCAGAGCCGCUGCUGUGACUCCCACUUGCAUGCCACCAUUAAAUCGACAGACAGGGUCCCUCCCAUGGUGGAAAUAAGUCCAUUCCAUGCCAAGGGUGAGGGUGGGGGAUUUGGGUCCCACCAAAGUGAGUUCUCCGGAAAAGACCGUGGUGGGGCUGCACCAGGCAGUGCCUCUGCCUCUCACCUCCCCCCGCCCCCACCGGUCAUCUGCAAGGGAAAGGAACUGGGGGUGGGGAGAGAAAGGUCUUAGUUCUUCCCUGUCAACACAGGAGAACUGAGCUACGUGUCACUGCAAAGCCACACUUGGUGCACAGGCAAGGCUUGUUUCAGCCCAGGUGAGGCAACUUAGACCCAGGAAGCCAAUUAUGAGUGCAAAACGAGCCUCUCGUCCAGCUCUGUGCCGGAGGAAGCAGCCCCCAGGGUCCCCCAUCAUGUACCGUGACAAGCCCUGAUGUCCUCAAGGCAGCGCCUGCAGCCCACGGCCAUUCUGCGUGUUUCCAUCUUUCUUCUACCAGACUCCUAGCCCAGCCUCCUCCAAGACAGUGUUGGCUUUUCUCACCCAGAGUAUUAACACUACUAAGUCUUUCACCUUAAUUUAUGACUCAGGAUUUAUUCACGUCCUGCCCACUCUAGGCUCACAGAAAUAAAAUCAAGUGCUAGACUGGCUGGCUGCUGCCCAGAGGCCUCAGCCACUGGUGGUGGCGGUGGGGAGCGCCGCCCCGUGUGCUGGGCCCUGGCACUGCCUCUGCUGCCCCCCACGGAACCCUUUCUCGGUCACUGAGGUGUCGAGUUGGGUCAUCUGUCCACUGCUGUGGUCACAGCAAGCCCCAUGUCACUGACCCAGUCAUGUAAGUGGCUGUGGGCAGACAGGAGCUUAGAGAUGCAGCAUGAGGCUUUUCUCAAAAAAACUGGCCCUUUGCUGCCUCUAAUUCCCUAUUGCUUUGGUGUAUUGGGCUACAUAUUUACCUCCUCGAAAUAAUAAAGGAAUAACAUUUUC